CUGGGGUGAAAAGGAGAAAGGUAAAGGAAGAACUGAGGAAAGAGAAAAAUGGGGAGAUGUUGGAGGUGGCGAGACAUGGACCGACCAAGAGGAGACGAGCCCCUAGAGAAACAAAAACAAACGGCUUGCACUCCGAACCCGUCACGGGUUGUGAUUUGUUAGAUAUACCCUUCUUGAUUGCACAGCAGAGCGCAUCGCAUGUACUGGACCCUACAAUAUCCAAGAUGGCCCUCAGGGGCAGCUUUUCCUAUUCACCCGGGCACCCCCUUUUUCUUGUCGGACUCUUCUUUUUUUUUUCCUUUUGUUUGUUUUUGUACUAUAUAUAUCUCACCCUGAGAAAGACACCCAAAGGACCAUCCCAUGACCUCAAGGUUCCUGGAAUUAUGAAUUAAUUACGCAAUGGCUACAGGAGAAGAAAUCGUGUGUCUAGUGUGUAAAACAUUCCGCUAGGGCAGACCGUGAGAUAAUGAGCCGCCAUCGCCUAUGACACCUAAUGUCGCUGAAAUGGCGCAUGCUGAAAACCGUUCCUUUGAUUUUCUUGACUCCAGUCCCGACCGUGUAUAUAUCUUAUGCCAGAAAGAUAAAACCAACCGUCAUAGUCGAAAAGAAAACA